CAAAAUCGAAUUGUAAAUUUGAAAAAAUAGCAAUGAGCAUGAAAUUUUGCAUUGUUCUGGGAAUAUCACUUUUUGAUUUUUAUUUAUAUUCAAUUACACUGCAGUAAGAUCUUUAAAUUCCGUCUAGCUCUAAACCACACGCGGUACAUGGACGAGAAUGGAUUUCUUUGACAACACGACGGCAAUCUCGGAACUCAACAUACACAAUGCCCCUCAACUUCGUUGUAACGAAGGAAAAUUUACAACAUGUGGACAUUGUGAAUCCUGUAAACUGGGAAGCAAGAUAAUGCAUGCGAAAGAAUGGUUCUUUCGAUGCUCCGAGCAAGCCCAGCGACAAUUCGUUCUGGGGCUAGUUCAUCGUUUUCAUUCCAUUGACCUUCACGAAUACACGAACACAUUAUUGAAGGCAUUGGAAGGAAAAGAUUUCAUUUAUGCUCGUUCGAGAAACAGACCUAGCCUCAAAGAAGACAUGUCGGGCUCUGUUUCGAACCAUGCUCUUGAUGCCGCGAAGCUGAGGAGAGAUAUUAUAGAAUGCUUGAAUUGGUUCGAGUUGAGUCCAUACUGGACAAAAUGUAAUUUUAUGUUGGGUGUGAUGAAGUUUUGCAGUACGCAAUUGCUUCAUGCCAUCAGCAAUGAAUCCCGUAGUUUCUCUUUGGUUCAUGAGGAGCAGAGUUUAUCAGAUACCGACGGAAAAUCAAACAAAAAUGUGGAAGAACUAGAUGGUGAAAGCAAUGGAUUGCAGAACGAAGAGGUAUCUUUAAGAGUUACCUUUGAUUCCAUCUAUCAAAUUUCAUCAAUGUCUAUCACUCCAGAUGGCACAUAUAGACCAAGAUCAGAGCUCAAAGAUCAGGCAAAGUCAUUUGUAGAAAUAUCAAGUGGAAGCAAAGAUGAUAUCAGUACCUGUAAUACAAGGCGUCCCAGAUCAGGCUCUGCAAGACAUAGAAUUUUACAAAGCACAAAAGAUGAAAUAGCACCCAAACUACAUGCUCAAGAGCUUUAUGAAGAUGACUAUGUUUCUGUGGACCCAUCAAGUGUGACAGAUCAUCAGAUGUCAACAUCUUGUCUUCUUCUACAGCUUCAUAAAGACUUCAUACGAUGCCUUCCUGUUCAUCUGUCAAAGCUUAUACUUAGCUAUUUAGAUAAAGCAAGCUUGGUGAACUGUUUGUGCAUCAGUAGACAUUGGAGAAUGCUGUGUGAAGAGGUACAGCAAGAUGUCCUUGUGCAUCAAAUUAUGGUAGAAGAAGUUAUGAUGAUGCAGGGAGCUACAGCCAAGGGACUUUCCGCAAAUUAUGCAAAGUGUUUGAAAGUUUACAUUCCAAAAAAUGAGGAUGAAGAUAUACGCGAUGAAGCAGAUGCUGACUCGGCAAAUCACACGAAUUUAACUUUAUUACGACGUGCAGACGAGUUGAAAUUCAGGAGUAUGGCAUAUUGCUAUGAAGGUAUGGAAAUAACCGAUGUUUAUAUGGAAGAAAGAAAUCUGUUUUGCGGUUCGUACAAUGUGUUUGUCCUGAAGGAUUCCGAAGAUCCUAACCGCUGUGCGACGUAUAACGGUGGCUCGUACGUUGCAGUCGGCUCAUCGGAUCGCCGAGUAAAGUUGAUCAACGUCUCGACAGGUCGAAUUGAAAAGAUUAUCCGUGGUCAUUCGGGCUCCAUUCGUAGUGUCUUCGUUAACGAGAAACGCGGCUUUAUCUUGAGCGGUAGUUAUGAUACAUCGAUCAGACUGUGGGACUUGCACAGUGGGAAAUGUUGUUGCAUUUUUAGAGGUCAUCAGGGCACCGUUUUAUGUAUUGCACUCGAAGGAAAUGUCGUCGCUUCAGGCUCCAGAGACAAAAGUGUCAAAGUGUGGAACAUUGAUACGGGAAAAUGUCGACGUACAUUUCGUCAUCGUCACGUUGUCCAAUGUGUCGAGGUUUCGGAAUGUCUUGUGGUCAGCGGGUGUCAAGGAUGCAAAGUAAAAGUCUGGGACAUAGAAGCGGCAAUUUUGAUUAAGAGUCUUGAUGGUCACCAGUGUACCAUUACUGGAGUCACUUUCAACCAUUACCAUAUCGUGAGUUCAAGCACUGACUGCUAUGUGUUAGCCUGGAGUACGAUUGGCAGACAUACCAAAUGUCUGCAGGCAUUUCGGCAUCCAAAGGCGGUUCAUUGUGUAAAAUUGAUGUAUUGUAGAGUUAUAACUGGUUCAGCCGAUGGCAAGUUAAGAAUAUGGAGCCUUUUGACUGGAGAUUGUCUGCGUAUAAUUCGUGGAAACAGCAAGAAUGACGUCAUUUCUAGUCUUUAUGUGGUGGAUGACAGAAUUGUCAUCAAUACUCUGAGUAAUUUGUUGGUGUUGAAUUUUGAGGCCGUCGUGUGGAACUAUGACUUACUGCCUGAUCGACCCGAAUCUCUAGGCACAUUGAAUAACUUUGCUGGUGCCCCACCUAAAUGUAGGUCUCGUGCCUACGUCCGAGCACAGAAACUAGUACGUGGCACCGCGGAGGUUGACAAAGUACUUGAGCCUGCGCUAUCGGCGCUAUCUCUCAGCUGUCUCCUCGAGAGAUCCAUUAGUACAACUGCGCUUCAUAGGAAGAGCGUUGGGCGAAUUUCUAGUGCACCAACUCAUAUUACUCGUCAGGUGAACAAUAGCAUUGAACAACAUGUACAGCGGUUGCACCGAGCCAGGACACCAGCAGUAGUCGAAGUUGGACAUCCUAGAAAGUCACGUCCACAAUCAUCGCCGGCGUACAUGCAGUUUAAAUAUGGACAAGUGAAAAAUGGGCAGAAAAUGAAAGAACACGACUUAUCAAUACCACAAAGCGUUCGACCAAUGAACCUCAGCAGAUCACGUGUACUAACCACGAGUCUAUCUGUGCCCACGUUACAAACGCCAGUCACAGUUGGUCAGCAUCAAGGAUGGACCACAUCUGCCAAAGAUAUAGUGAUGCCUCAAAAUAAACUGAUGCUCACAGCCGCGAAAGCGCGAGAACUCGUGAAAAGACGAUCUCAGACCGCUGACUCAACGAAAGCUAGUCCAGUCCCAGUUUUUCAGAAACAAACAAGGAAAGCAGAAGCAUCAAGAAAGUGUGUAGCUAAUGAAAAACCUGUUUCUUGUUUGAAUCUCAGGACUUUUAGUCAACAAUUAGAAAACAACAGGAUCCAUCAAGAUGAGAAAAAACGAGCUCGAAAAACUUCGUCGAUUAGUCAAGUACUUAGACCCCAGCCUUGUUUGACGUAAGAAAUCUCUAAAGAUGGCUGCUGAAAGAUUAAAGAAAUAUCAGCUUAGUCUGCUGACAACAUCGCAACGAAGCAUGACGUCAAAAGGUCUGACGUGAAUGAAUCUGAAGUCUAAUUAUCUAACGUAUGUUCAUUCCUUGUUUAGAAGUCCAUUUCGACUUCAUAACACCGGGUUUAAAUUGCUUGAUUGCUGGCACGUAAAUAAAUCCCAUAUUUCCAUUCGCAACUUUGCCAGCAGAAAGAUGUGAAACAGUUGUCUAAAUGAUGACUUCCAUUCAGUGCUUCCAUUAAGCUGAACAUCACUACAAUAUUAAAACUUCUUGCGAGUAUUGUGGACAAUGGAAAGUAUACCUAUUACACAAAGCAAUAUAUUAACAUUUUUAUAGUAUAUUUUGUAUUUUUAAAUGAUUCUAUAGAGAAAAUAGUAAAUAAGCUUAGUAUGAAUAUAAAGUAAAUGAAUAAUAGAUGUGUAUUUCAGGUUGCAAGUAAGAAAAACAUUGCGAUUUUUAAGUAAAAAUUAUACAGGAAAAGACUUUGUUUGUGAAAAAAAACCAAAUUAUAAAAGACUGUAUGUCAAUAUUCACAGAGCAAAAUAAAAUUAACUAUAAUAAUGAAAUCAUGUUAAACUGAA